AUGAAAGUCGUCCGCGUGGUCGACUACCACAAACCGCUCGAGCUGUCCGAUGCACCCGAACCCCAAAUCACGUCGCCUCUCGAUGUGAUUGUCAAAAUCGGCGCUGCGGGCGUCUGCCGCACCGACAUCCACAUCCUCGAGGGGCAGUGGGCCGACAAGUCCGGGGUGAAACUGCCGUACACGAUCGGGCACGAGAACGCCGGCUGGGUGCACGCCAAGGGGGAGGCCGUGGCGGGGGACCUCGAGGUCGGGGACAAGGUGAUCCUGCACCCGCUGGUGACCUGCGGAUUGUGCCGCGCGUGCCGCUCCGGUGACGACGUGCACUGCGAGAACUCAGUCUUCCCGGGCAUCGACGCCGACGGCGGCUACGCAGAGUAUCUCAAGACGACGGCGCGCAGCGUCAUCAAGCUGGACCCGAAGCUCGAGCCCGCCGACGUGGCGGCCCUGGCCGACGCGGGCCUGACGGCGUAUCACGCCUGCGCCAAAGCCGCGCGGGUCCUGAGACCUGGUAACUUCGUCGUCUUGAUCGGGGCCGGCGGCCUGGGCCAUAUCGGGAUCCAGGUCAUGAAGGCCAUCAGCGCAGCCACGGUCGUUGUGGUCGACAGGAACGCGGAUGCUCUGGGACUGGCGAAGAACUUGGGCGCCGACCACGUCGUCCAGGCGGGAAACGACGACGGCUUUGUCAAAGAGGUCCUGUCUCUGACGGGAGGGAAAGGCGCCGAGGCCGUGAUUGACUUCGUCGCCGAAGGCGGGUCAACCGCUACCGGGGUGCGCAUGCUCCGUCGAGCAGGAAACUACUACAUUGUCGGAUACGGAGAAAACAUCAAUGUCCCCACCAUCGACAUCAUCUCGACCGAGAUCAAUUUCAUCGGCAACUUGGUCGGGUCGUACAAUGACCUGGCCGAGCUGAUGGUGUUGGCCGCCCAGGGCAAGGUGGUCCUGCACACGUCCAUCUACAAGCUGGAGGACUUUCAGAAAGCCAUUGACGAUCUUUCGGCUGGAAAGCUACCGCUAUCGCAAUCCCUCUUAGAGACAAUCCCCCUCAAAAUGGAUCGAACCACCACCUUUGCCCCGGCAAAACAGUCCCUACCGCGCCCUUCGUCCGUCGCGUCCACAAACACUACCUCGACCAACAAAACCCGGCAGUACGCCCACCUGCACGCGCAGCUGGCCCAGCUCAACGCGCACCUGGCCGACACGGAGAACCUGCUAAGGAUGACGGCCGUGCAGGCCCAGGACAUGCGGUUCUUGGGAGGCUACGUCGGGGCGUUGUUCAUGGGCAGCGCCAAAGUUCUCGGGGAGGAGAGUGUGCAGGGCAGAGGGAAGAAGGAGGACGAAGGCAGAGAUGGACAGAAAGACUCGUGA